CGGGGCUUGGCGGGGGGCGGGGCUGCGGCUGGUGCCGCCCAUGUCCGGGUGACGCGGUGCCGGAAGCGGGCGCGCUGCGGAGCCGCCAUGGAGUUCCCGGACCUGGGCGCGCACUGCUCCUGGCCUGCCUGCCAGCGCCUGGACUUCCUUCCUCUCAAGUGUGAUGCCUGCGAGCAGAUCUUCUGCACCGACCACAUCACUUAUGCCCAGCACGACUGCACCUCUGCCUACAAGAAGGAUGUCCAAGUCCCUGUGUGUCCCCUCUGCAACACCCCAGUCCCUGUGAGGCGGGGGGAGAUGCCUGAUGUCGUGGUGGGUGAGCACAUCGACCGUGACUGCAAGUCCGACCCUGCACAGCGCAAGCGCAAGAUCUUCACUAACAAGUGCUUGAAGCCUGGCUGCAAGCAGAAGGAGAUGAUGAAGGUGAUCUGUGACCAGUGCCACAAGAACUACUGCCUCAAGCACCGGCACCCCCUGGACCACGACUGCAGCGGGGCAGCACGUCCACUCUCCAAAGCAGGGCAUGCUGCAGUUGCAAGAGCCCAGGCAUCCUCCUCCAAAACGGUCACCGCAUUGAGCAGCGGAGCUGCCCAGCCAGCAGACAGCCCUUCUUCUCCAGCCCCUGCCAGAGGAGGCAGAGCAGCUGUGCUGCAGGCCCGCAGCACCUCCCCUCCAGCUGUCAUGCUGCAGAACGGGCUGAGUGAGGAAGAGGCUCUGCAACGAGCUCUGGAGAUGUCCCUGGCAGAGUCAGCAUGCAGCUCAGCACAGCCACCCAGCAGCACGCAGGAGGAGGAGGAUCUGGCACUGGCGCAGGCGUUGUCAGCAAGCGAGGCGGAGUACCAGCAGUCACAGCGGCAGGUGCAGGGUUCAAAGCCAUCGAACUGCAGCAUGUCGUAGGCAGGUGAAGCAGGGUGCGCCAGUGGACGUGGGAUCCUACUUGUGACCUGAGGAGCGGCUCUGGCCUCCUUCAUGAAUGCCAUGGGGUUCUGGCAUGGACACUGAUGACAAGAGCCCCUCGCUAGGGACAGCUCAUCUCCCUGGGGGCUGUAGGCGAGCCACCAAGCACACACUGACACCUCAGCCCUAGUACCUGUAUAAAAUCAGUGCAGCAAGUAGCUGAUGCUCCUAGAGAGGUGAAGACGGUAUGGAAGGAGGCUGAGCACACACUGACCAAAGCAAGUGGCAGCCCGCAGCAUGCACUUAGCCACAGCUGCUGUGGCUGUGUCCCAGCACUGCUGGAACUCUGGGGUGAGGGCAGAACCAUCCUGGAGGGAAGUUCCAUGUGGGGACAUCUCUGCAUGCUUGGAUGUACAGCUGGGAUACAGCUGCCUGCUGCAGUCAUGGGGGCUGGAUUUCAUGCUCCUGGAAGGCUUUUGCCAGCCCCUCAGCAAAGAUCAACUCUGGCUGGGACGGUCUCUUGCAUGGGCAUGGCACAGCUGAAUGUGCAGCCUCCUGUCAGCGUGGAAGCAGCCCCUUCCCCGCUCCCCAUGCGUUGGUGCCUCCCCUGCUGUCUGCAUGCACAAGACCAUCCUGGGCCUUACCCACCUUGGCUGGGUCCCAGCACCUCUCUGAGACUAAAUGUGCUGCGUUUCCUUUCUGGUUUAAUUUAACAGGGACCAUUACCUGAAAAGUAA